UGAAGACAUUCAGCUUAGACAUGAAUCAUUGCCAUGGCAAAUGGUCGAUGGGCAGCUGUGUGUGGAUGUGAAGCAUUCAAGAACUCCAGCGGACAUGCCCUCAGUCCUUUGACAGAUGCCUUGCAGCGCCUUGCGGACGUAGGGCGAUGUUGGGAUCUAGCGCGGAAGAUCCCGCCGGAGCUCUAUGCUGCAGCCCAUGUGGUCUUUCAGGCCUUUCAAGCUGAAGCAUCGCAGGGCAAGGAUCCAAACAUCGCCGCCACCAGAUGUGCUCCUGGAGCAUUCACUGCAAUGCUAGUUCUACUGCUUUUGUGGGAAGCUCAUGAUGCCCCAGAUGAGCUUGUUGACACAGCUCUUGAUAUUAUCCUCCCAAUUGAGCAGACCAUUGUGGCUCCUGCUAUGACAGCGCUGGGCACAGCCGGAGUCCUGGACUGCAAUAGAUUUGGCAACAUCCAAGACGGGUGGUGGCCAGGAGUUUUGGACCUCCGGUGGCUCCGGCGCCUGACGAGUCGCUUGUCACGGAAGCGAGCAGCCUGGCAGCUUUUGGCUGAAACUGGCCAAGAGCCCUGGCAUGAAAGAGAGGUGGCAGAGCAAAGAUUCUUUGCCGAGGCUGAGUUCAACUUGGACAGGCCGAGCCUUUGUCUGUGUAUUUUACAUGGGGAGGGUGCAGCAACACUUCGUGAGACUUUGGAGUCUUACAAGGACGGCGGGCUGCUGGAAAUGGCGCGACGACGAUUCGUCGUCUUCUUGAAAUCACUCCAAGAGGACGUCUUGGACCAGGCAGUGCAUUGUUGGCGUCAAGAGGUGGCGAAACUGUAUGAUUUGGAGCCUAUUGUGCCAGUAAAAGAUUGGCCAGACCCUUUCAUCAGGAAACACCAGAGACACGGAAAUCCAGGUGCUGCCAUGGCAGCUUGUGCCAGCACUUGUGAUCAGGAGUAUUUGCUUUUUUUGGAGGAUGACUUCCAGCUUGUGACGAGGCCAGCAGAACUGGUCCAACACCGCUUCAAGGCUGCAUUCCACAUGCUGAAUGAGACUGCAAAUGAGGCGAUGAAGAUCUUUGGCGUGCAUUUGAGACACAAACUAUUCUUCGGGCCACCCUUCUAUGAGAUGCUGACAGCGAGGCAGCACGGUGAACCACCAUCACCCUAUACUGCAUGGUACUUCCACCCUGAUCCAGUGGCCGCGUCUUUUCCUGACAACCUGUGGGAGCCUCCAUUUUGGGAUUCUGGCGACGAGUGCGACUCGAAUCGUAGAUCUUGGCACAAGAGCUUGCAAUUUCAGCACCUUCCUGCAUUUCACUCAGAACAGUCAAGACAGACCAUGCCAGCGGCUGUCCCUCCCGGUGACGAAGCCGCUGCACGUGUUUGGUGGUGUGGAAGCAAAUCCUCCCUGCUUUGCACUUCUACCGCGGCACAUCGUGACCCCUUCCGCAGUCUUAUGUAUAGUACAAACCCAAUGCUUUUUCGCACAGAGACAUGGCGCCUACAUGUGAUGAGUUACAUGACACUCUUGCAGGACUUGCGAGCGGUCGAGGAGGCCUUCACAAGCUCAUAUACGUGGCGCGUUGAUCCGAGCUUUGUGCUUGGCUUAUCCCUGGGUCUCUUCCGGCAUCGACGAUUGGAUCGGAGGUGGGGCCAACGAUGAAUGUGGUUGAAUGGGUUCGGCGGAUUCGGCAUCCAAAAUCCAAAACCUAAUAUAUAAACAAUCUAUAACAAGAUUGGACGAGGGCAACAUGCAGCAGCAAGAUAUUGUGUAUGAUUGAUUAUGACUAUGAGUUGGAGCUAAGUUUCAGUAAAUUUGGUCACUUGGUCUUUGUGCAUCGUUCGCACUGUGGGCUGGGAGAAAUGUGUGUGUCAAUGUGGCUUACACUAAUCUCGUCAGAGGAGUAUGCCUGAUUCCAAUGAAGAUCCGCUCGCUGCCGGUUGCAUUCAGGCAGCUAGUUCGGACAGCCCCUGGAUCCAAGCAAAAAGACGGCUGCCGUGCUUUCUUUUCAUUUGCCAAGAAUCAAAGGUAGAUGAGAUUGUUGGCCCUCGGCCUGAGCUUCUUGGCUCAAAGGGAUGUCAAGGCAAUACUGUAGAUUGAA